CCGAUCAGAAGACCAAAAUAAACAGAAAAAAGAUAUACUAUGUGCCAAAGUGCGUCGGCCAUGCCGAAGCAAAGACUCCUGCCGAAUCAUGUUGUCUGCAAACCCAGUUAAGUGCAAAAAAAAACAGACUGCACUUGAACGCCUCGAUCGUCACGAUUGAAUUAAUUGAUUACCAUAUAUCAAUGAUAUAUAUGCAUCAAAUUAAACCCAGCACCUGCCACCUGCGCGCAUGCAGCGAAUUCGCGAUCAGCAACUCCGUCCCUUGCAUAUAAUUAAUUUCAGAGGCCCUGCAGCAAUGAUCAAGCUUAAACAUUGAUUGUUUGGCUAGCUAGCUAUAUAAAUGGUGUAUGGGGAUUUGAAAUUUGAUGCAAUAGCAAGUGAGUUUUGGCCAUGGCAGCUGAGGUGGAGAGCACGGCGUUUGCCAGCAACUACAUGCUCCUGAAGCCACAUGAGGUUGGGGGGAAGGGUCUGCUCCGUAUCUUGUUCUCCGACAAGACGGAGAAGAAGAGGAAGUACGUUGAGACCCCGAAGGAGGAGAACUUGAGUAUGGUUGAUGGAUGGUUCUUGUUCAUCUCAAUCUGUGUACAGAAGCUCCUGCUGCUCAUGGCCAUGCCCAUGGCUUUGAUGGGAGACCUCUUGACCAUGUGGCUCAACCUUCUUACUCAUAACGGCGGCAGAGUUAGCAGCCUCUUGCUCAAUAUCUUACGAGGGAAGAUGGUGAAACCAAAUAAAUCAUCCGCAACUUACUUGUCAAUCGUUGCACAUCUUGAUAGUCGAGUUGACCGAGACCCUGACAUCAAACAUGGAGAUCCCAGAUAUUACGAAGCACUCUCUUUUUUGGCUGCUAAAAUAGCCUACGAGAACGAUGCAUAUAUUAAGCACGUAGUUGAGGAUCUCUGGAAGAUGGAACUCCUAGGAGCAUAUAAUUUCUGGAAUUCCUAUGACGGUAAGAGUAGCACACAAGGAUUUGUGAUGCGUGAGAAAAAAGGUGACUCCGAGAUUAUCAUUGUAUCCUUUAGGGGCACCGAACCAUUCAACGCCGAUGACUGGCACAACAACGCCGAUCUCUCCUGGUUUAGGCUUCCAGGCGUGGGGAAGAUGCAUGCAGGUUUUAUGAAAGCCAUGGGCUUACAAAAGAAAAGGGGCUGGCCGAAGGAGAUUGAAGAUGACGGAAGCACCCCACCCACAGCUUACUACCACAUCCGGGGAAUGCUAAGGGAGCUAUUGCGUGCAAAUGAUAAGGCCAAACUCAUAGUGACAGGGCAUAGCUUGGGGGGUGCGUUGGCUAUCGUCUUCCCGUCCAUCCUAGCAUUGCAUGACGAGUCAUGGAUGCUGGAGAGAUUGGAAAGGGUGUACACGUAUGGGCAACCCAGAGUGGGGGAUCGUGAGUUUGGAGAGUUUGUGUCGAAGCGAUUUAGAGAGCAUGGCGUGAGAUAUGUCAGGUUUGUUUACAGCAAUGAUCUGGUGCCCAGGAUUCCUUAUGACGACUCUGGUCACCUGUUUAGACACUUUGGAACGUGUGUUUUCUAUAAUUGCCUCUAUUCAGGAGACAUCGUUGUAGAAGAGCCAUUCAUGAACUACUUGUCACUGUUUGGGAUAAUACCCAUGAGUGUAAUUGCAUUCUGGGAGAUAGUAAGAGGCUUCAUUUAUCCAUACACGAAAGGACCAAUUUACAGAGAAGGGUGGUUAUUAUUUUCCGUGAGGUUGUUUGGGCUAAUAAUGCCAGGCAUUUCAGCACAUAUUCCUCAAGAUUAUAACAACGCCACCCGAUUAGGAUCUCUGGCUGCUCAUCUCCAUGACUUAGCUGAGAAGGAGCGCAAAGCCGGGAAGGAGCGCACAGUAGAGAAAGAACGCAAACAGUAAUGACAUAUGGAUUGCUAGUGCAUUCUAUAUAUACCAAGUUCGUAUUUGAGACUAAAAUAUCAUCUGUCUAUAUCCGAAGUAUGCAUGGAUUGGAUGCUAUGAUCAUGGCUAGCUUGCUGAAGUUGUUUCUUUAUCCGUGUACAAGAAAGUAAGCUUAGUGUUUAUUAGUGUGAUUUUCAUAAAGCACUUGCGUUGUUCAUACUGAGUUGUUUCUUUAUUAUCCAUGUACAAGAAAGGAUGCUUCGUGUUUAUUAGUGUGAUUUUCAUAAAGUACUUGCGCUGUUCAUUCUAAGUUCUGUACUACGUUGAGUGUUUUGAGGUUGUCUAAUAAACUACUCAUUUCAUUA